AUGAGAGUAGCACCACCAUAUAACACUGCUAUAGGAGUUAAGAAACUGCUAGCACCACCAGUCAUAAUUCCUGAUCCAAGCCACAAAGGAGCAUCAGCAGUUGAAGUAUUCUCUCAUCUUUACAAACAACUUUACACAAGAGAAGUCUUUGGUCACACUGUGAGUUACCUGUUAUUGAAAAACAACAAAUACCACUUUUUUAGGGCUAGCUCUCCUCAAUCAAAGGCCUUGACCUAUUUCAUACCUCGUGUCUUUCAUCUCUUGAUCAAUUGCCAAGAGAAUGAAAGAGCACGAGGUCUUACAUACGAGCGCCCAAGACAAUUUGGUUCAAAAACAAACAUCCUUUAUGGGACAAUGGACACGUUGUGUGACAUUUACAAUUUUGAUUUGCGUUCCGACUUAAAGAUUACUAAAGAAGCAAAAGCAGUGAUCUACUCCAAUAUUUUGUCACACAAUCCAGUUUAUUUAACUGGUGAAAAUGAGAAUUUCAUACCGGUUAUGAUGACAGAGAGAGUACUAAUCAUAUUGUUUGAGAAGGAUUCGGUAGCCAUUGCCAGAGAAUUACAAAAGUCUGGAAUCAAAAAACCAUACUUUUUGAUAAUUCCAAAAGGAAACCCUAGCAAUUACACAAAGAAUUUUGCAUCGAAACUUGCACAAAGAUUUGUAUCGUCAGUAAUAUUUAUUGCGGACAGGGAUGCUGCUGGGCUUAACUCCUACAAUAAAUGUAGAGAGUUAAUCCCUAAUCUCACUUAUAUCAAAGUCAACGAUAAAUCCUACAACCCAGAGUCAGUACCACAUUUCACAGAACGUCAUGCUUCGUUAUUACAAAGACUUACAAAAUCCUCCUCACUGCCACCAUUCAUUCAAAGUUUGGCUAGAGAAAUUAAGUUAAACGAAAAUCCCCUUCAUAUUAACAAUAACUACCAGCUUCCAAGAAAGUUAGUUGAGUUGAUUUUAAAGACGGAUUUUACGCAAAAUGAGGGUGGUUACUGUGAUUUGAAUAUUUCAAGAGAUUAA